AUGUUGUGCAAUGUCUGUCGUGAGGGCCUCGAGGGCAUAUGGGAUCCCGAAAACAGCAGGAGGCUCGGGUUACUCAAAGACUUUCCCGAGGUAGUACAAUUCCGGUUUGAUGAACUCGGGGAUGAACUUGACAAGAUUUUUGACAAGUUACAAAUGAAAGAACCAGAGCGCUACGUCUUUGGCCACCACGUUGACUAUGAUUCAUUAAAGCGAUCUCAGGAGCGCGGCUGUGUCGUUUGUAAUGUUCUUGAUCAAGACGAAGCGAACCCAACUCUCGCAAAACUGGGAUACUAUUCUGUUUUUUGUAUCGAUUUCACUCGGUAUAGAUUCGACCAACCGGCGAUGUACAUCUAUAUAGGUGACGAGAUGGAACAGAUAUUCUACGAGUUAGUUGCCUAUGAUGAGAAGGACCCUGUUAAUUCUAUCAUAUCCUCUUCUACCUCAGAUGCGAAGACGUGGGGUUUGGUCCAAUCCUGGGUUGAAAGAUGUUUAAAAUCCCAUAGCCUAUGCCAGAACCAAGCAAUUGCAGGGUUUUCGCCAACUCGCCUUCUUGAAAUAGUCUCGAUGAGUAGCGAAAAGACUUUUCGACUCGUUUCAAGAGGAGAAUAUGAUCCAGCAGAGCGAUACGUGUCAUUAAGUCACUGCUGGGGUCCUGGGCCGACGAAGGAUAAACUGCUUCUUGAAGACAACACUAUUCAAAGGCUACGCGGUGGUCUCCCAAUCAGUUGUCUACCAAAGACAUUCCGCGACGCUUUUGAGAUUGCCGAACGUUUGCAUAUUCGCUACAUCUGGAUAGACCGUCUCUGUAUCAAACAGGGCUCUGAUGACGACUGGCGGGCAGAAUCAGCAGUCAUGCAAAAGGUCUACAGAAACGGGUUCCUCAAUAUCGCUGCCCUUGGUUCUAAGGACGACGCAGGUGGAUGUUUCUUUGAUCGCGAUACAACACAAGUCGCACCUACAAUUAUCAACCUAAGUCCUAGGCAAGACCUUCCAUCGCAUUACAGAUUUGAAGAUGAAACGAAGACGUGGGCACGGGAUUUUCAAGAGGAAACACUAAUUACGAGAGGAUGCAACCACCUCAAAAUCUGGAAGGUUCGCAUGGAAAUGUCUCAUAAAGCCGACUGA